UUACGAGGACAACUUAAAACUGUGACCAGAUUUAUAAUUAGUGCGAAAGCUCAUAAUUUGGCUGGAAGACAAGAAUAUCAUACUUUGUAUUCUGAUAUUCUUGAAUGUCAAUUUACACAGAAGUAG